AUGCUCAAGCAUAAUAGUGCUGCUCUUAAGCUAUGUUACGCUUUUCGAUCGCAGCGAUAUUGCCGAGGUUUGGCCACUGCUUCUACUGGUUUGUCUGAUUUCUCGCAUGCAAUCAUCGGAGGGGGGGUCGUAGGACUGUCAAUAGCGUUUGAACUUAGUAAAGUAGUAGGUAACCGGGUGCUAUUGAUUGAAAAGAAUGUCGCGACAGGAUUAGAAACUUCUAGUCGCAAUAGCGAAGUUAUCCACGCCGGUCUGUAUUAUCCUUUAGACUCUUUGAAGACAAAGCUUUGCCUCGAGGGAAACAGCAUCAUUUACAAUGACUUGAUUCCAUCUAGGUCUGGCGUAGAGUGGUCCAAAUGUGGCAAGUGGAUAGUGGCGCAAACUGAUGCCGAGGCAGAAUACACGGAGAGCCUUUUCGAAAAAGCUUCAAAGGAUCUCGGACUACCUGUCGAACUAAUCCCAGCUCACAAAACCAAGGAAAUAGAGCGAUACAUCGAGGUAGGAAAGGUCGCUUUAAGCUCACCUACGUCGGGUAUCAUCAGCUCUCAUUCUUUGAUGCAGUAUUUGGCUACGAAUAUAGACAAUAAUGGCGUUGAGGUCGCAAUUGGAACAGAACUCAUUGAUAUGGAAUUUGGUCGUGGUUUAGGAUACAACCUUCUAUGCAAGUCGACCGUGAAUAAUUCCGAUGAAACUGUGGAAAUCUGCGUUGACAACGUGGUCAAUGCCAGCGGUCUACAUGCACACGAAGUUGCCAAUAUGCUUCUCCCUGAAGAUCGUCAAGUUAAUCAAUAUUUCGGAAAGGGCAAUUACUAUAGUUUGGCGGGGUCAUCGUUUCCUCCGGUGGGUCGUCUAAUCUACCCCGUACCUCCUCAAAACGCACAAUCACUUGGCACCCAUCUCACCAUCGACUUGAAUGGCCAGAUAAGAUUUGGUCCGGAUCUCGAAUACGUGACCUCGCCAGCGGAUUACGACGUUAAUUGUUCUAAUAUUGAAUCUGCUUUCCUAGCCAUUAGCACUUAUUUCCCGCAUAUCAAGCUGGAAGAUCUUCAGCCUGCCUACAGCGGUAUUCGCCCCAAGCUGGGAAAUUCGGACGAUAAGCAGUUUAAGGAUUUUUAUAUACGCGAGGAAGACGGCUUUCCAGGGUUCGUGAAUUUGUUAGGAAUAGAAAGCCCUGGACUUACUUCCAGCUUGGCGAUUGGGAAAUACGUUCGUAAUUUAUACCACUGUUGA